AUGCCCCCCACCCCACCCCUCGAGAAGGCAGCGUCCAGAGGCCGGCUCGGGACUCGCGCGCGUCCCUGCGCCUCAGCCCGCGGUGGCGCCCAUCCGCGCCGCUCCACGUGGGCCGGCUUCCUGACACCGCUCAGCACUCCUUUUAUUUAUCUUGGACUCCGAAGUCGCUCUCCUGUGCUCCCUCCCCACCGCCUGGCCACCUCCCCGCGCCUCCCUCCCGGCGUCCCGCCCCCCAGGCCGGAGUCCCGGGGAAUCUAUGCUAAUUAUUUCAAACCUGCGCUGGUCCCCGGCGCAGCCGCCGAGCCCCCGGCCCCGCCCGCCCCGUCCCUCCAGCCGGGCGCUUUCUUCCCUCCCGACGCAGUCUCCGUGGCUCCUCGUUUCAAUAGCCUGGCUCGGGAGCCGGACCCCCUCCCCGGCGCUGCCUCCGUCAGCCGUGGGACAGACGUUAGGGGCUGUCCUGGGCCCUGCAGCACGGCUGGCAGCGUUCCUGGCCUCUCCCUCCUGGAUGCCAGUACCCGCCUGGGCGGCAGCGACUACAAUGCCUCCAGCCGUUGCCAAAUGCCCACGGGGCUGGACGGGGCAGAAUGGCCCCUGCGGAGAAUCCCCUGUCCUGCCCCUGCCCCGGAAGGCGUGCUGUUCCCCUGUCCCGGCUGUGAACUUGGCGAGCUUCCGAUUCUUCGGCUCUGGAACGCUCAGUGGCCUCCAGCCCCUGACAGCAGGCAGCGGGCAGGGAGCCCCGGCCGGGUGGCUCGCCAUGUCCCGGCCGCUGGAAAGGCCAAGGGCUCACGUCCCCUUGGCAGAACCGGGUCCCACCACACGGCGGGCACCGUGCAGAGUUUGGGGUGA